UGAAUGUUUACCGUUGCGCUUUUCUGUACGAUGGGCUUGGAAAUGUUUGUUUUGUCCAGACACUCGUGUUCCUUUUGAACUGUCAAUCAAAAUAGAUUUCCCUCUCCCUGUACAUGGACAGGUUGAUCAGUGACCGUUUCGGACAGGCAGCAGCGCCACAGGGAGCGUGUGGUGUGAGGGGCGGGAGUUGGCCGGAGACGGGGGUCUGAGCGCCAGAGAGAGAGGUAUAGGAGCCAGAAGGUAAUGUCGUAAAGCCGAGUGUCGUAAACCAGGUGCAGGGAGGGGAGGUGGAGUAGAAGGGAGGGAGGGGAGGUGUGGGGGCGAGAGGAGGUGACUCUCCAGCAGCAUUUAGACACAGCGAAAGGAUCAUGGCGGAUGGCCCCAGGUGUAAGCGCAGAAAGCAGGCGAACCCGAGGAGGACAAACGUGAGUAACUACAGUCAUGUGCUGGAGGGCCAGUCAGACUCAGAUGAUGAGGAUAAGCUUCACAUCGUGGAGGAGGAAGGGAGUCUCCUGGACGGGGCUGACUGUGACAGUGUGGCCCCUGACGAUGACCCUAACGGGACCGUCGACCCCGACGGCAGAUGGGACGAUGUGAAAGAGGAGUGCGUGUCGGACGAGGACGAAAGGAGCAGAGAUGCUUUGGUUGAGGAGAUGCUCCAGCAAGGAGACACGGCCGUCAUCUUCCCGGAGGCUCCGGAAGAUGAACCACGACAGGGCACGCCAGAAACCAGCGGACAUGAUGAAAAUGGCACGCCAGACUCAUUUUCUCAGCUCCUCACCUGUCCCUAUUGCUCUCGUGGCUACAAGCGUUACACCUCACUGAAGGAACACAUUAAAUACAGACACGAGAAGAGUGAGGACAACUUCAGCUGCUCCCUCUGCAGCUACACCUUUGCCUACCGAACACAGCUAGACAGACACAUGACCGCACACAAAGCUGGCCGAGAACAGCGGCAUGUUACUCAGUCAGGUGGAGGAGGGAAUCGAAAGUUUAAAUGCACUGAAUGUGGCAAAGCCUUCAAGUACAAACACCACCUGAAAGAACACCUGCGCAUCCACAGUGGAGAAAAGCCUUACGAGUGCUCCAACUGCAAGAAGCGUUUCUCUCAUUCCGGCUCUUACAGUUCCCACAUCAGCAGUAAGAAAUGCAUCGGCCUCAUCUCAGUAAACGGGCGGCCGCGACCUUCUCCCGCCACCGGGGCUGCCAAGACCCCGCAGUGCUCUUCCCCAUCCCUGCCAACCUCUUCCCCCACGGCACGUGUCCAAGUCAGAGACAAACUGGACAAUAGCAAACCCCUUCAGGAACAGCUUCCCUUGACACAGAUCAAGUCCGAGCCACUGGACUACGAGUACAAGCCUGUGGUGGUGGCCCCAUCUGCUAGAGGCGUAAAUGGCAUUUUCCAGGGUGGGGCGGCAGCCCCUCUUCAGGGCGCCGUACAGGCUGUUGUUCUCCCAACGGUGGGCCUGGUAUCGCCAAUCAGCAUCAACCUGGGAGACUUACAGAACGUGCUGAAGGUGGCAGUGGAUGGGAACGUCAUCAGGCAAGUGCUGGAAAAGGGGCAGCAAGCGGGGACGGGAAUUGUUGGAGCAGGAGGGGUGGGAAUUGCCCAAGCACCCCAGCAAGUCAUACAGGCCAUUAGUCUUCCCAUCUUGGAUCAGGAUGGUAGUGCUAAGAUCUUCAUCAAUUACAGUCUAGACCCUUCACAGGCCCAGGCAGUCCUUCAAAGUCCGAAGAAGGAACCUUUGGGCUUGAACACAGAAGCCUGCAAGUCUCAAAAGCUGCCAGAGGACCUGACGGUCAAGACGAAUAGGGACAAAACCACCAACACUGUGGACGAGAAAAGUAUUUUACACAAUGACACAACACUUAAGCACUGUGGUAAAGAUGGACAUAAAAGGGUAAACGGGAAAAACCUUGAGGGGAAGAUAGACUUGGAGGAAGGACUGUGUCCUGGUCAGCCUCCGCUGAAGAACCUUCUCUCCUUGCUCAAGGCUUACUUCGCCUUAAACAAUGAGCCCACUAAGGAGGAGCUGGCAAAGAUAUCCGAGUCGGUCAGUCUUCCGGCAGAGGUGGUGAAGAAGUGGUUUGAGAAGAUGCAAUUGGGACAGAUCUCUGUAGAUCCCUCCUCACCCCCGGCUGAGGAUGAGCAGACCACUCCUGGUGAUUCAGAUGGGACUAGAGAUGUAGAGUCGGAUAAGCAAAUUAACUCAGAGGAGCAAGGAGACAGGGAAUGCUGUAGCCCAGCUGAGGGCGUAGCAGCUGGGGAGAACGGGAUCGAGAGCGUUCCUACAUCCCCUUCACCACUAAACCUAUCGGCUGACGGCCCUGUCCCAGCCAGGACUCUCGAGGAAGGCGAGGGACCUCUCGAUCUGUCGCUACCAAAAUCUGCUGCUACAGCUGCUGUGGCUAGCGGUCACGUAAACACUGUUUACUCGGCUCAAGAGGAGCCGCUGAAUUUGACUUGCACAAAGAAGGAACUGCUCAGCAAUCCAAGCACCAAUGCUGCCAUAUUUGCCAGCCAACCAAGUGCCAAUCCCAUAAACAUCGUGACCACUCAACUGCCCACCCUUGUGGCUAUCACUGACCAGGGACAAGCGCAAUGUCUUCGUGCACUUACCACCACUAAACAGACCAUCCUGAUCCCGCAGCUGACUUACAGUUACACCACUACAUCCUCCAGCCCAGCAGGGAACGACACACCGCAGAAAAACGUUAUACACGUCAAUGGCAUCAAGGAGGAGAAACAGGAGAUGGGAUCAGAGGUCACCUCAGCAUUGGAAGAACAGACAGAUUCAGACUCAGGGCCGACAAGAAAGAAGAUGAAAAGGACGGAGAGUGGGCUGUACGCCUGUGACCUGUGUGACAAAAUCUUCCAGAAGAGCAGUUCACUGCUCCGCCAUAAAUACGAACACACAGGAAAGAGGCCUCAUGAAUGUGGGAUCUGCAGCAAGGCCUUCAAACACAAGCACCACCUAAUAGAGCACCUGCGCCUGCACUCCGGAGAAAAGCCGUACCAGUGCGACAAGUGCGGCAAGCGCUUCUCCCACUCUGGCUCCUACUCGCAACACAUGAACCACCGAUACUCCUACUGUAAGAAAGAGGCUCAAGGUCAAGGGCUAGGCCAGGGAGUUGAGGAAGAGGACAAUCCUGGCGAGGAGCAGCCUCGGACGGGCAGCACAGCGACCUCGCCCCCUUCCCACCUGGACUCGGACGAGCGGGGGAGUAGUACCAGAGAGGACGAGAGCGAGGAAGACGAGGAGAUGGGCUCGGGGAGCCUAGUGGACGAGGAUGAGAUUCAGGUGGUCAAGAUUGGAGAGGAGGGAGAUGAAGACGACCAGGGAGCAGAUGAAGACCGGGAAGAAGAGCGGAUGGAACAAGAAGAUGGCGACGAGGAAGGCGAGAGCGAAGAAAAUGACGGACAGACGCUGAAAGUUGUAGUGAUGCAGGAUGAAUGUGAAGACGAAAACGGAGAGGACGAGCGAACGGCAGAGGAGGCCAUGGACAUGGGAACUGUAGAAAAAAUGAAGGACACGACAGAAACAAUCGAAAGUGAAGAAAACACAGCCGCAAUGAAUGGAGAUGUGAAGUGAUGCCACAACUGUGUUUUUAUGACCCUUAUUCCUUACGACGUUGUUUUACAAAGUAACUAAUUUGAAGGAACAAAAAAGACGUUUUCUCUCCGCAGAUGUUUCUCUCUCUUCCUGAGAAGUGACUGUUUUAAGAUGAGAAUGAGGUGAGGAAGAGAGCGUGAUUGCUCUCACGCUGCAUUUAAACCCACUACUGUGUAUAAACCCCCAGGUGUGCCUGAUAAAUACGAAAUAGUUACUUUUUCCACAUAAAGACAAUUUUCAGUGUUUGAGUAUGGUUUGUAUAAAUGCAAAGUUUAACGAAAAAACAAACAAAAAAUGACGCAUAUACGGACUGAAAGCUAUACACGUUUUGGCUAAUAAUGUUUUAUUACUAAAACGCCUUUGGUCAAUUUCUUUUAUCAGUAUUACUAAUUUUUUGUCACUCUCGGUUUACCCUCAAAAGCUGUACAGUUGGGAGAGAGAGAUUUCUAUACGUUUUUAUUGCCAAUGAACAAAACUCAGUAUUUUCUUGCAUUUGAAGGAAAAAAAAAAAGUAUCCUGUGCACUACCAUAUUCCCAGUUUACCUAUGGAACACCUAUGUGGGCCUUGUGUUGUUUAAUGUCUACCUUCCAGUAUUAGCGCCCCAGACUCAUUCCCUACGCCACGCUAGUGCACGCUAGCACAACAUUUGUCCGUCGUCUCAUUUCAAGUGAGCCUUAAAUGUCAAAAGAUUGAUGCGGUAACGGUGGGAGGGCUUUAACGAAUCCCAAAAAGCCAAGACAUCAAAGAAAACCUUAGUAAUCCCGGAAAGGUGAUCGCCAUCAGUCCCUUCCCCACCCAUCAUCCACCCUUAUGCAAAAACAUGCAUGUUGGAAGUGCCAUUGAACAGUGCUGUAGCAGCACACUCGCGUGGGGCUCAUGCUGUCUUUGAUUUUGGUAGCAAAAUUUUGGACCCCUGCACCUAAACCACUAGUCCUGACUACAGGACAAGACUGCCUCUUUUAUUUUUGAUCAAUCCAGUAAGGACUACACUGCAUCAAGAAUUCAGGAAAGACGAUCAAUGAGCAAAAAGGAGAAAAAAGACGCUCUUUUUUCAGCCUUGAAGUAUUUUUCCCCUGUUUGGUGCACUUGUUUCUCUUGUUAUCUUUAGCUGCACGACACUUUUUCUUCAGGUAACAAACGUAGGCAGAUAUGAUCAAUGAAGAAUUCACUUAUAGUGUUUUUCGUUUCUUUUUUCGGUCAGCCUUUUUACCUGUCAGUAUUAAUUUUUUGUCUUGUUUGUAAUGAAGUAUUUUUUUGUUUGUUUGUUUGUUUCGGUGAACAUUGUGUAAUGUUUUGUUUUGUUUUGUUUUUUUUUUUUUCCUCAGUAAAGGCAGUAUUACCCCUCCCAUCCCUCACCAGUAUAACUUUACAUUUUUAGUUUUAGAGACCUUUUAUAUUUAUGUGUCUUAUUUUUGUAUUUUCUUUAUGGUUAUUUAUUACACAAUGUAGUGUACAAUACUGUAGUUUGUAUUAAUACAAUAAUAUAUUUUAGUAUGAAGAAUAAUUUCGAAGAUAAAUGAAAUCAAAGCUGGGGAAGAAACUCUAGCAUUUCAAAGUGUUUUAAAAUAGAAAAAGUAUUAUUUUCAAAUUUUCAAAAUGCAUUGUUUGAAAAAAACAAAAACACCCCUAAAGUAUAUCAGAACUGUUAACUUUUACACGUCACUUUCAUGCUAUUGUCUCUUACCCCACUAUACUUUGACGCUACUGAAAACUAAUUGUAUGCUAUACACGCAUGAGUCCUUGCUGUUGUAUCGAAAGAUUGUCCUUCACCAUGAAACUGUGCUGCCCUUUUAAUGAAGCCAAAACAUCAUCAAUGUGUUGUUUUUUAUUAUUAUUUUUUGGUUGUGCCAAUUUGUAACUCUCUUUGUCUACAUCAAGGCAACAAAGUCUUUUAUAUGUCCCUGUUUUAACCUUUUUAGUGAUAGCUUUUUGUUUGAUUGUUUUAUUUUGUUUUUUUAAUGACUCCCCAUCUCACAAUAAAAUACUUCAAGAAUUCAA